ACAGUGUGUAGCAUUCAUCAUCCUCUCCCAUGAUGCUUGUUAUCCAUCCAAGAUCCACUGUCACCAUAACUGAUUGAAUGAGAUGGGUAAUGGAGAGGAGAAGGGAGGGGACGUGUGUGGGGCGGCGCACGAGGUGGUGGGAUGCAGACAGUAAAGCAUCCAUUCUAUCUCGAGCUCUCCCAGCAUCAGCACCACGGAAUUACGAGCAAUCUCUGUCUGCUUCUGAAACGGAGAAGAGUAUCGGUUUCAAACCUGCAGGGCGAAAUCUAGACAAGGCAACACGAAUUUCAGUGUCGAAAGGGGAAGUUGGCAGGCAAAUAACAGGUGCGCAAACAAUCCACAGCUGUUGCUGUGUCAUUUUGGACACCAUGGACGCGCUAAUAAAGGGGUUCUCGAAAGCCAAGGAUGGGGUCGUGGCAGCAGCGGAGAAGACGAAGCAGGGAGUAACUGGGGCGGCUGAGAUGACAAAAGGUGGCGUUAUCUUUGUCGGCAACAAAACGAAGGAUGGAGUCACAACAGUUGCAGGUAAAACAGUGUCUGGCGUUUCCCAGGUGGGCGGAGCCAUGGUAACAGGAGUGACAGCAGUGGCUCACAGGACUGUGGAGGGGGCGGGGAAUAUUGCUGCUGUGACUGGAUUGGUCAAGAAAGACACAGCCAAACAGGAUGAAGAUGCUAUGUCUAAAGACUCACCUAUCAAGGAGUCACCAGUGGACCCAGAGGGUGGUGAUACUGCUGCAGAGGAGGAUUCCGAUGGCUAUUAGAAGUACAGCACUGUCAAGUGCCUCAUCUCAGAACAAUCCAGAACUACUGUAACAAUCCAGAAUCAACUAUCAAAACAUUCCAUGUCACCCUGCCAAGUCCGGUUGUGCCUCGUUGUGUUCCUUAAUGGAGUCUGUACCAUGUGUGUGUGUAUGACUCUGUGUGUGUGUGUAACGUGUGUCUUAAUGCUUAGUGGGUGUACGCCAGUGUGUGUGUAACGUGUGUAUGGGUGUGUCUUAAUGCUUAGUGGGUGUACGCCAGUGUGUGGGUCAGUGUGUGUCCUGGAGUCUCCGCCAGUCAGUCCUGAGUGGGGUCUAUACGCCCAUCUUCAGUAACUCCCUCCCACUAAGGCAGCCACCUGGACACAGAAGGGACUACCUUUAUGUUCUGUCUAUCUGUCUGUGGACUUUGAAGUAAAUACAAAUACUGUAUACAGGACGGUGUCCACCCACUCUGCUCCGAGGGUGGGAAAACGCAUGCUUUUUUGGUGAUGACAUGUCACUUCCUUAUGUUAUAAAAUAAAUUAAACCAAGACAAAUAUGAUUA